AUCACAUAAGGGGGAUUCCAUAAAUGUUCAAAGAUGGGGGUUCCAUUUGUAGUUAGAAUUAAUCUCAGGGAUGUAGAUGCUAAAAGGGACACCGAGUAACCGACUCGGAUCACGCUUAUAUUCUCUCUCCUCAAUUCAAUUAUUUCGCAAUCCUUCCCUCACUCGUCUCUCUCUCUAGAAUUCCGUUUUCUUGUCGCGUAUAAUUCAAAAACUGCUGAAAACUUCAAUAUUAGAAUUAGGGUUUGCGUUUCUUCUCGAGUAUAAUCCAAACAAAAAAUAUGUCGCCGGAUCAACGGAGCCCGGAAAUUGAGUACGCGUUGAGCUACACCACCGUAGCCUUAAUGGACCACAGGCCGCCGCUUCCGCCGCCGGGACAGGCGUGGUUCGAACUCCGGCGAGGGAUCCUAGAUUCCCAAAUGAAGAGCGGCGCCGCCGCGGCUCCGAUUCCAUCCCUCUUGUUUAACCGCAGCUGCUCGAUUCUCAAAUACGGCAACGACAACGCAUUUGUGGGCGAAUUCAUCAGGGCGCACCGAUGCCCGGAGAAUGUUUACCCCAUGGAAUUGAUGCAGAGGGCGGAGCAAGUCAAAGCCAGAGUAGGUCAAGCGAUGGCUAAACGCGAGUACGAUUGCGCGAUGUUCGAAGGGGAUUGGGUUAGCCAAAGCGAUUGGGCGAAGAUUGAGGAAAUGUGGGUUACGGUAGAAAGAACUUGCGCUGCCACUGAAGAAUUUUGGGGUUUUGUACGCCGAUUUAGGGCUAAUCCCGACGAGGGCAAAUCAUGGGAUACGAAAAGGUUUCUGGACGAGUGCCGCCAUCAACAAGAGAAGGCUAGGGCCAUAAAAGAGUGGGCCAGGGAAAGAGGUUGGACUAUUGCCGAAGAAACGAUGGCUAAGACCGAACAAACUUGGGUUAGUUCCGAAGAAACUAUCAUUCAGAUCGAACAAAAUUUCAUUCAGAUUGAACAAAAUUUGGUCAAGAUCGAACAAUACCGAAAACAGAGACGUAUGUACUAUUCGUUGGGGCUUGGUUUCAUCGUUGGUGGGGUUUUGAAUUUAUAUUUAUCUUGACACGAAUUAUCGAGAUAACAUAGGAAAGCAACGAGAUGCUUAUGUUUGGAGUAAAUGCUUAGAAAUUAUAUUGUAAAUUUAAGGCAUUCUCUGUUUUGCUUUGCUCAGAAUUUUAGUUCAGUCUAAGAAACUCUCUCUCUCUCUCUCAUAUUUGAUACUUCAUAAUAAAUUGGGCUGGGCUGAAUAUAAUUGGGUUGGGCCGAAUAGAAUUGGGCAAAAGGUCGAACGAAACCGACAAGGGAGCAUGUAUUUCAUGUAAUCGUUCGUGUUUGGUUUCGUCUUGCAUAGGAUUGUGAAGUUUCUAUCUUGAGGAGAAUGAGUAAUGAUCGAAAUAUAUUCGAGCUAGUAUUCGUUAUCUUUUGCUGCGUUUGGGAUGGAUAAUUUUUAUUGAAGUAGUAUAUAAUUUUGUGAAAAAAAGACUUUGUUUUGCAGAUACACGUGUAACUUCAAUUAAUCAUUUUGUCAAUGAAAAAACUUAUUCUUUC